UGUAAACAACAGAGCAGAAUAGCAAAAGCACACGAUUCUUAAUUUGUUGUUGGAAAGAUGUUUCCACGAAAUUCCAAUAUCUAUGUAAGACCUUUGCGUCGAUAUUGUCUUCUUUGACGGAUAAAUCAACGUUUUGUAAAUUAGUCCACUCUAAGCCAAGUGAGAGUAAGCCUAAACUAAAUACUAAAAUAACUUUCCCAAAGAUAAAAAUGUUUUAAUAAUUGAAAAAAAGAAAAAGACAUUGAGUCAUUGUUUUUUCACCUAUCAAAUACUUUCAAAUUAAUUAUGGAAAAUAAUAAAAUCUACCACUUCAGCAAGCAUGGGUAAUUAUUUAAUUGUGUUUUUCUGGUUUGAUGUAAUUUUUAUUUAAACAGUUAUUCUUUUAAUUUUAUUAAUGAUAAAGGAUGCUUGAGUCUGUUUAUUCAUAGGCAUAGGACAGUGGAGUAAGGGAAACUGGAUUUUCGCUGGCAUAGAAAGAGAGAGUGGAUGCUGUAUUCUCAUUGAAGUGCCAUACCGAAGUGCGAUCACUUUACAGGAGUGCAUAUAUAGAGAUACAUCUUUCCAGGCUCACUUUUUAUAUCGGAUGCAAACCAGAUCAGACAUGGCAUGUACGAAUACUCAUUUGUGGUCCUUCAACAAAAUGACGCUGGUGUCCACACACAGAAUGUUGAAAAUAUGUGGAUGCGCACAAAGUGAAAAGACAGUUUUUCCACUAGUGGUGAUCUUUUCCCUUCAUAUUUGCAUGAGUUCGUGUUCUGCAAUCCUUAUCUUGAAGAUGAUAUUUUCCCAAAUUUCUUAUUACCUUGGGAGAGGAAUAUGCAUAAACUCAAACUCUGUUUUCUUGUCAUACAUUAAAUAAUUUAAAUUUUACUAUUUUAAAAAAUUAUUAAAUUUUUAUAUUAAACAGAUUUUGUCAUGGAUUAUUUAUAUAUGUGCUGAAAUGAAUAUGUAAAAUUUCAUAAAAAACAAAUCCAUUUAUUUAGAUCAAUAAAAAUAUUCUGUUAUCCAUAAAAGAAUAACCUUUAAAUCGCACUUCAAACUGGAGCAACACGGUUUUUGAAUAACUGACACUGAAGUGGUAGAUUACCAUAAAAUGGUCGAAUUUACAAUAAAUAUAAGAAUUAAGAAAUCAGGAAAUUUUAAUUUAAAAUUAAAUUAAAUCACCCAUUAAAAUUGAAUUAGAUUGCAGAAGCCUGGGCCCACAAUAAAUUUCGACAAGUGCACAAACUUUCACAAAACUAAAAUGAUUUAUGGGCCUCCUUACUAGUAUUAAAAGACAUAUUUUAAUUAGACAUAAUGCUUAGAAAUAAAUUAUGUUUGUGAUGAAUGAAUUAUCCUCCUGCAGCAUGUUUCAUUGUGUGGCCUCUUGUUUAAGCAUCUAUCUUCAUCAGUUUACUCAGCAUUGGUAACUUGUACUUAUGACCAAGAUGGGUUUUUUUCUUUAAAUCUUCAUUGAGCCUUGGGCUCCAAUUUAGUUAUUUCUUAAGCAUGUGUGAAAUUGUUUUUCAUAGCUAAUGAGGCUCCCUUGUAAAGCUUCUCUUCAGUUAUGGUUCUGCUACUCUACUGGUUUGUAGUAGAAUUCAAUAUAGACUGGCAAUGGUUUUAUUUUCCCAGUGUCUCAUCUGUUUAUCUUCUUCUUCCUCAUGUAGAUUUGACUGAUGAGAUCUUCUUGAUCCAUAACUUCCUUGUGAUUGGAAGAGACGCUGCAAGUCAGCCACAAUGAAGUUUGCUGAACAUCUGGGUGCCCACAUCACUCCAGAAUGGAGGAAACAGUAUAUACAGUAUGAGGUGAGGUUGUGAGGGUUUUUCUGAGGUAAAGAUAUAUUAACCUUUUUGUUUCUAUAACUUAAGUGCAUUUUAUUUGAAAAAUAUUCUUUGAGAUGAUUCUACAAUAUGUUUAUACAAUUACUGUAUAUGCCCCCUCCCCCCAUUUUUUUUCUUUAAAUGAUACAUUUUUUCUAUGCAUUUAAAAGAAUGUUCGCUUUGUUUUGUUUACAUGAAAAAGUACAUGAAAGAAAUGCUGUAUGAUGCUCAGGAGCAAGCACCGUCAGCUGAAGGUAAGUUUUAGUUUUGGUAAAACACUCAAAAUUUGUGUGCUUUUUAGAAAUUUAGAGUGUUCCUCUACUCCUCUGUCCUUGAUGUAUUUUUCUGUAUUUCUACUUGUCAAGAUCUUGAUAUAUUUUAAGAUGCAUUUGUUGUUGCAUCAAUUAAAAAUUUAAUCUUUUUUGGUUUUUUUAUUGCUGGAUUAUUUUUCCCUUUCAGUCACUGACUCUAGUACUAUACAGAGAUAUUUUGCAAGAUUCACUGAAAAGUUUUUUCAAUUUUGUGACAAAGAGUUAUCUAAAAUCAACACCUUUUUUCUUGGUAAGGCAUAUUUGAUGAUCUAUCUUGGUUUUUAAUUUUUGUCCUUUAUUUUAAGCCUGAAUUUCUAUUAUUUUUUUUAAUUCAGUUUUUUUAAUAUUUUUUUUAUAAAGGUUGAAAUAAAAAAUGAAGUUACCGGUAUUAUUUAACAUUUGUAAAGAGCAAAUGAUAAUAAAAAGUAACCUGAUUUAUAAGUUUCAGUGUGGAAGAUUUCUUAAAUAAUUGAUGAAGGAACAAAAUUCCUUAAGGUUUGAUUAGUUUUAAAUGAGUUUCCACUUAGAUAAUCAUUAUCCCCCCAUGAGCAGGGUGUAACCUCGGUGUUUACUACCAUCAUAACUCAUUCGCUGUUUUAGAGAAAUUGUCAGAGGCCAACAGGAAGUAUGCCAACUUGAAGGCAGAGCUGGAAGUUUUCCUCAACCAUCACAAUCAGCACAAUCAGCGUCAUACACAGUUACGCCGCAGAAAGGCCAGUAUGGCAAAUCUCCAGCUCUUUAAGGUAAUUCUUAGACACCAUAAUGAUACUGUUGAUUUUUAAAAAAAUCACAUUUCAAAAUUUUUUCAGCAAACAAAAGACUAAUUUCAUCUUAUGAAUAAUUAAACGUGAGUGUCUUAUUAAAUUAAAUUUCAAACUGCAUUUUGUAUAAAUUAUUUACCAAAUCUAUUUAAAUUUUGUCUCUCUCCCCUUCCCUCUGAAAAAAAGGAUAAAGAGGUCAAGGGUCAAGCCCUUUCAUCAAUGAGAAAGUUGCAUGACCUGAAGCUGGCUUUCUCUGAGUUUUAUCUUAGCUUGGUCCUGCUUCAGAACUAUCAGACUCUCAACUUUACAGGCUUCAGGAAGAUUCUCAAGAAACAUGACAAGGUGAUCAUAGUUAGUGCAGUUGGUGCUUAACAAAUCUGGAUGACAAUCCCCCACUGGGUCAAAGUUUAGUUUCAUGCAAGUGGAUAUUUCAAGUGCAAAUGAAUGUUUCUUUGAUUUAAAACUAAUGAAACAUGUUGUUAUUGGGUGACAUUAAAUAAAGAUUUGACCAAUGCAUUAGACAUGGGGGUACAAGCAAGUGAGGUUUAACUGUUUUAGUUUGAAACCUUCCCCGUUUAGGAUAAUUGGUUGAAUAUUUUUAAUACUAGGUUGCAUUUGUGAGGUUAGUGAGAUGGAUGUUAGAUCUGUUGUUAAAGUUUACAUAAAAUAAAUAGUCCGCACAUGUUAAUUGCCACACAAUCUAUGGGACCUGAAAACUCCUUGAUACCUUUAAUAAAUGUUCAAUGAUAAAUAACUUUUUUUAAAAGGGAAUCAAUCGGUCACCUAACAAUUUACUCGUUUUAUUGACUGUUUUUUGGUGACAUUCCUGCACUUUCCUGCACACAGAUGAUGCAGACAACAACAGGCACAGAAUGGAGACAGGCUCAUGUCGAAGCUGCACCCUUCUACACCAGCAAGGAAGUGGAUCAUCUGAUAAAGGAUGUGGAGGUAAGCAGCAUUUAUUGUGUCCUGGCUAUCUAAACACUGCUUAGUCUUGAGUGUCUUCAUUCUUUGCCUGAUGAUUUUUAAUAUUUUGAGUCGGCAGACAUUCUAAAUUUUUUUUUUUUUAUCUUAAAAUUAUGGCAGACAUAUUGUGCAGAAAUUAAAUGUAUUAACUAACAUGACAUGUCUCUUCUGAGAUUUAGUGAAUUUUGAUGUUACAGUUUUUAUCAUAUUACCACGAAGGACCACUUUUUAUACUCAAUUUUUGUUUAAAAAGAUAGAAAACGGAAAAUAAUUUCUUUACCUUAAAUUUGUUUUGAUCCCGGCAGCAAAGUGUAACAAGUGAACUUGAGGGUGGAGACAGGUCAAAGGCCAUGAAGAGGCUCAGAGUUCCCCCCCUUGGGGAUGAGGUAACUAAAUUAAAAUACAAUUUUUUUUUUAUGUCACUCUACACUCAUCAAAUGUUGUUUUUUUUUAAAUUAUAAACAACUUAAUCAGAGAUGGGUUAACUAAUUUGGUUUUCCUUUUUUAAAAUUAUUGUUUUUAAAUUAAAACAUUUGGAAAGGUCUUUUUGUAAGAUUAAAAAUUAACAAAAAGAAGACAUAAGUUGACAUUGUUGGUAGGAUGCCUUGUUUUCAAUCAAAUAUUUCAUUAAAAAAACAACAACUUACUUUUCUCUUUUUUUCAAGGCUAAAAUUUGCCUGAACAACGUUCAUUUUGUUAAAAAGUCUUUUAAAAUGUGUAUUAUUGUACAGUAAAACUGCCUUAGAACCACCGCAAUGAAAAAACGAGUGUUGUAAAAUUUAUUUGGGUUGUGUGUCCUUGAACUUGAGUUUAUUUGUUUGAAUUAUUAAAAUAACUGCUUCCCCACCACUGCCUUUCAGGCUCAGCAGGUCAGAACAAUUUUUUCAUUUAUUAAAUAUUGUGAGAUUUGUUCCGUAACAUAUCAUUUAUUUUAAUUUUACUUUUGGAUUAAGUUUCAUAUUUUCAUUGUGGCUCAUUAACUGUCCUCGGUUAUUUUGGUUGCUUUAGUGUAGACAAAUACCUGUCUAACAUAACCACGGUACAACGGUCUCUUUCUUCUUGUGGUCAUCUUGGACAGGUUUUACUGUACAACUAUAGAAAUGUCUGCAUUUAUUCACACUGCUGCAUGAUUUGAAAAUGUGUGAUUGUCCUAACCAUUAACAAAUAUUUCUCAUGGGAUUAGGGAAGUAAACCCAACAUUAAAACUUUAAAAAAUCUGUCACUGUAGCUUACAAUAUCAAGGUUUUUUUAUCUGCUUGUUAUUAUUAUUAUUGUUAGAAAACAGUUUGGUUUUUUUCACUAAUGGAAAAAUUCACAAAAACAUAAAUAAAAUAUAAUUGAAUAUAUCAGAAUCUUGAAGCAUGAAAGAAACAAAGCUAGUGUUUGUUGUUAUAAAAACAUCCCUUUGUUAUCCCAGCUGUAUGUGAUUAGUUUGGAAUCUUUUCUACCCAAACUUGGAAGUUGGAAAUGUUGGAAAACUGAAAUGAGUGUUGACAAGAAAUGCAGAAUUAAUCACAUCUGAAAAAGCUGAUGAUUUUAAUAGUUACCGGAAAUUUGAUUGAAAACAAUUUCGCAGACGGUAAAUUAUCGACGGUAAUUUGAUUGAACGGAAAUUUGGUCAAAUCUUUUUUCAGCUCACACAUUAAAAUUUUCAUCAAAUUUCUUUUUGAAUGCACUAUACUAUGGAGUAAAACAAAAUAAUGCAUUCAAAAAGAAAUUUGAAGCAAAAUUUUAACGUAAAAACUGGAAAAAAAAGGAUUCGACCAAAUUUCCUUUCAAUCAAAUUACCGUUCAUCAAUUUACCAUCGAUGGAAUUUCUUUCAAUCAAAUUUUCAGAUACAGAUUUUAAUUGAUUUGUAUUUUUAAAAAUCAUCAUUUCUAAUUUUAUGAAAACAAAAUAAUUCAAAAGUGAAUGAACUCUUGGCUAUUGUCAUUUUGCCUUUGGAGAUGAAGCGUGUUUUUGAAAUGAACUUUAUUAUUAUUAUUAUUAUUAUUUACUUUCUUAAGUCGAGUAUAAAAAGAAAUGUUUAAUGUUUGUCAAGAGAUAAUUGGUUCAGGGUAAAAGAUGAAGUUCUGUAAUUCUGAGUGAACUUGUGAAUUUUUUUUUAAUGAUUGUUACUCUUUCUGCCAUCAUCUCGUAACAGUGUAAACCAUGUUCUUGGGGCACAUGCACGUGCCAGUGUUCCGGUUACAAGUAAAUAUGAAGAGCGCAUGCCGUCUUCUGGCUACGUGUGCGCCUAUCAGGUUCAUGUUAGAUGUGACCAGUGGCACUCACCGACGAUCAAAGCCUCGGUUCAUUUUGACAUGCUGAGGAUGAACAACAAAGAGCACAAAAUAAUCUCUCUGUGUGGAGAUUUCAGGCUGGAGGCAGAGUGCAGAAUUGUAAAGGAAUCUUGACGACACGUCUUUAUAUCGUAGAUGCUGCCUGCUCACACUCUUCUCACUGCUGUGGGUUACAGACUUUGAGAUCUUUUACUGUGAGAAGUUGAAUUCUAAUGAUCUUUCCCUGUUUCAUUUUUAUUCAUUUUAGCGGUUUAAACAAAAAAUAUAUAUAUAAAGCGAACAAAAUCAGAUGUUUACCAAUGUAUUAGUUGCAGUGACAGCAUUUCACUUGAUGACAAUAAUGUAAACGUGUGAAUACCUUUGAAUCAUAUUAAUUUGACACUAGGCGCCACACAGAUUAUAUUUUAGUUGAAACCAAUUUACAGAAACGUUAAUGAAUACUCCAUCAACACCGAUAAGGUGCCGUCCACAAAGUACGUCUUGCUCAGGAGGAAUUGGGGGGGGGGGGGGGUCUAAGAAAGUGUGAUGGUUUGUGAGGGGUGGGUGGGGGGGUGGGGGUUGGUUAUCAUAUGUGAAGUUACACAUUUGUAUAUUUUUUUAUCAUACAUGUAAAAUCUAAAAUUGAAAUUGAUGAUUAACUUUCAGAAGAUGUCAGUUAGUAGUUUCUGAUUUUAGUAGCAAAGUGUGUUUUAGAUUGAAUUUUAAUGAGCUGUUAACUUCUAAUUAAAANUUUUUAGAUUUGUGACAGUGGGGGGGAAAAGGGGGGGGGGGGUGUGAGGGAAGAAUUGUUUUUAAAAAAUGCCAGACAUAUUUAAUGGAUGGCCCCUCAUUAAAGUUAAAUUGUUUAAAGUUUUUUGCCUUGUAUGGUUUUUCUUUUUUUUUUGCUAAAGAGGGCAUGUGGCUCCAAUGCUCCAAUGUCCCAAACUCUGUUUCGUCCUCGGUGAAACAUCACCAAACUUUUUCUUCUCGGGUUCACGGGUCUUUUAAUCCAUUAAUGUUUUUUUUCUGUUCUAGCAACACCCGUGGACAAACUUUAAAAUGGGGCUCUUCCUUGGCAUGUUCGCAGUUCUUGUUAUAGUCAUCAUUGUCUCAGGUGAGAUUCAUAUAAUAGGUUGUUUGUGAUAGUCAUCAUUGUCUAGGGUGAGAUUCAUAUAAUAGGUUGUUUGUGAUAGUCAUCAUUGUCUCGGGUGAGAUUCAUAUAAUAGGUUGUUUGUGAUAGUCAUCAUUGUCUCGGGUGAGAUUCAUAUAAUAGGUUGUUUGUGAUAGUCAUCAUUGUCUAGGGUGAGAUUCAUAUAAUAGGUUGUUUGUGAUAGUCAUCAUUGUCUAGGGUGAGAUUCAUAUAAAAUAUGUCUGUGUUAUUGACUCCUUAGUUAUAUUUAUUUUUUUCCAGUUUCUGUCACGUAUUUGUACUUCUUUUUUUUUCCUCAUAAAGAAAGAAUUAUGAAAUAUACCUUUUGAACAGUUUAUUACAUUACCAUGUGAUAACAAUUUUAGCUUUUAAAUACAUUUUUAAUGUAUGCUAGAAGAUAUAGCACAGGUAUCUUGGGGCUCUACAUGAAAUUGCAAAGUCUAAUAAUAUUGUGUGGGUUAUUUGAGCCAUUAACAUAAAUUUUAAUUUAAUAUCAAAAUUUUGACAACGUGAUCAAAAAAUUUCUGGUUUAUGAGGUUUCCCUAAGCUUGCUUACAAAUUAAUAAAAUUAAAUCAUCAAUGAGUAGUGAUUGUUAAUAAAAAGAAUGUCAAUAUCUUUUUAUAGAAUAUCUUAACUAUCACAUUCAGAUAAAAUACUUGAAAUAAGUUUUUAAUUAUUAUAAAAAAUGUUUUUCAAGUUUAUAAUAGUAAUAAUUUAUUCGAUUUCCGUAAAAUCAAGAAUGACUAUCAAUGAUCAAAUUUCAGUGUUGUUAGUAAUCCCAAUUUGAUUUAGAAAUUUUAUUUUGAACACAAAUUCUACGCUGUUUGGUGCAAUAGUAUGGAAUUAUUUUAUACUGUGUGCCGCUGAACUCAGCUUUACAGCUUAUUCUUAUUUAUUAGUUUUUGGGGACUGUGAAAGUCAGACAAGUUAUCAAACACAUUCCUUGCAGUUUUGAUGCAGGUCAAAGGUUUAACUCAAAAAUAAAGAAAUGUGUCUCUGUUAAAAAUGAUUUAGGAUAAGGAGAUGAAAUUUAUCUCUGUUAAGUUGAAAAGUCAGUCGGUUUAAUUGACUUCUCUUGUUAGUUUUUCUGGCAUUUUCUUGGAAAGAACAAAUGUAUUUCUUAUGUUCCCAGCCAACUUUGUUGAUCGGGCAAAGGACUGGGAAUCUGCCCUCCACAUGUACCGUGGGUCAUUCCUGGUGAUCUUUGACCUUUUUCUCUUGGGCGUCAACACGUACGGCUGGAGGUCAUCCGGAGUCAACCAUGUGCUCAUUUUUGAAAUUGAUCCAAGGAAUCACCUGACACACGCACAGCUCCUGGAGGUUUGCCAUUGGUUACCUUGUGAUAUCAACUGAGGGGGCUUAUUGUGUAUCUUAAUUGAUUAUGAAAGAUAGGUGAAAAAUGUUGCAAAGUCGGAUUAGUUAAGAUUCAGUGUUUAUUUAACUAGUUAUUUAUGCUCCAAUUUUUUUUAUAUAUAUAUAUUAAAAAAUAUCCAAUUUAAAUUAACUUGUAAUCUAAUUAAAAAAAUUUUUAAGUCAGGUGAUGAAACAUUUUUUUUGUAAAAAGCGUGCCGCUAUAAUAACGUUGGUUUCACUUUCUGUUAGCUGGCUUCCUUCCUAGGUGUCAUCUGGGCACUGAGUGUGCUGUCAUACCUGUACAGUGAGUUCUUUGGCAUCCCCCCCAUGGCCAUGCCACUCGCCUUCACCACAUUCCUCAUCAUUGCCCUUGUCAACCCUUUCAAGUUCUUUUACUACAGAGCCAGGAUGUGGCUGCUCAGAAUACUGGUAACUCUUGAUUUAUUAUUAGUUCAAUUACUGUCAUCGCAACCAAUCAUCUGGCCACUAUGCCCCUUUCUUUGGUGUCACGGCCUAUGGCUAGUAAAAUGGUAAUUAAAAAUGCUAAUGAUUUAAUGUAUGUUGGCAUAGGAGAGAUCACUCUAUGAAAUGAAUUUCCUUCCUGUUUCUGCAUCUUUUUGUGUGCUUUUAUCAGCGCUUGAUUUGUGAUUAACGCCAGUAAAAUUUUCUCCAAUUUUUUGGUCUGGGUCUCUCCGGAUUGGAAAAUCAACAUAGAAUUUCUUUACUUGAUUUAUUCCAAUUUGAUAAUGAACAAGAUGAUCUCAUGAACAUUCCAUAUGAAAGAUCAGUGACGACAUAUAGUCUGAUAUUGACGACCUUAUCACUGAACCUGAUAUGGUUACGGAAAAAUUUGGUUGGGACUUGGUUGACCUUGAGCAAAUAGACGAAGAUUGGAUCUUAAUUUCACUGUCAGAAAUCCUGGUUGCUCUGAGAAUACAAAUUUGGAAAUGUGUUCAGAGCCUAUUAAUUUUUGUUAAUUAAUUUUUGAUGAUGAACUUUUGAACACUUUACUGUGAGAGACAAAAAUAUGCACAACAUUUCCUGACCAUGGGCUAAACAGUUGCCAGGAGAAGGCAUUACAAUGGAAUUAUUAAAAUACCUAUGCCUUCUCCUAAACACGGGCCUCAGUUGUGAAAGAAAAAUCUUCAACUACUGGGCAACCACGCCAGCUCUUUUGAAUGCAUGCUUCAAUGACACAAUGAGCUUUAAUUUAUUCACAUAAAUACAUUAUAGAAUUCUGAAGGUCAGUGGCAUUUCUUCAGAGAAGAAAGUUGAGGAUGGAUUGGUCCCUUUGAGCAAAGUUAGACCUGCUCCAGACAAAAAUAAUGGUAUGUCCAAAAAUUAUUAUGUGCCAUCCACCAGGAAUAUUUCCAUUGACGAAUCCGAUGAUCAGCAUUAUGAACUGGCUGGUGUGCAUCCAUGGUAUGCCAAACAAGCGACGUGCAAGGCUUGUAAACAAAAAGUUCCAAGUGUGUGAUUCAAAUAGCCAUGUAAUCCAGAUUGUUAAACCAAGGGUACCAUUCCAAGUGUGUGAUUCAAAUAGCCAUGUAAUCCAGUUUGUUAAACCAUUUGCUCACAGUGUCUAUACAAAGCCAGCACUUGCAUGGUUUCUUUCAAACAACUAAAUAUUGCUUGCUGGUGCUGUGAGAGACAAUUCUAGAGGCUCACCAGAGGAAAGGUCCUUAAAGCUGACUGCCGGAGAAUGCAAAUUCUGACGCAAAGGGGAGAUGUUGUGUCUUGCCUUGAAGAAGUCACAGACAAAGCCAGUAGUAUUGAGAAGAAAUCAGAUUGAUUGAAACAGCCAUUUUUUUAAUGUAAUUUAUUCAUGAGUGAUGUUGAUGUGAGGGGCAAGUAAAUUUUCCAUUUUGCUCCACAACAUUCAAGAAGAAUGUUACUGGAAGAAAAUAUUCCAGAAUCUGAUUGAUGUUGCUAAGAUCAUAGAUCAUUUACAAGUCUGUGGACCCUUGUAAAAUACUGAAGAGUGACUAGUACAUCCUAUCAACUGUGCAGUCCCUAUGGACCACCAUUCGCUAGCCACCACCAAUUCAACCUGCCAUUCAACAUUGCUUGCCAGACACAGAUACUUCUGUGCAUCUGCUGUUUUUAUUGUAGGAAAAGGACUGUUUUGUUUGCUGUGACUGAAGCAAGGACAAAAAAAAAAUAAGCACGGGCAGGAAAUGGACACAGCAAUUGUGUUCUGCUUUCCAAGUUGGCUGCCAUGAGCAUUGGGAACCUCAUUCAUCAGACAAACCAGGGUCUCAGAAGACAAAAGUAAACCAAGACAUACAUGUUUGUGCUGUUCAUUUCACUAUUACCAUUAUUAUUAUCACUUGAUUACAAAUAAAGUAAUACAGUGGGCACGUCUAUGCUUUCAAACUAAAACUGUAAAGCUGACAAAUAAUUAUAAUUAGCGUAUUUUAAACUUUUUCUGUAAAAAAUAUACUCAUAAGGGAGCACCCAUUAAUUUUAUUUGCGCACUAAAUAGAAACAAUUUUAAAAACUAUAAAAAAAAAGGAUGAAAUUGGAAUGUUUCUAAAUAAGAUGGCCGAUAUGAGAUAUUGCAUUUCAUGCAACAUGUGCUCUUUGGUUUUGAUGCCAUACAAUGAACAGAAAGGGUUUAAUUUCAUCCUUGGUCUACAUGAUAUUGUCAAUUUUUUUAUAAAUUAUUAAUCAAUCAACCCCUUUAGUGCUACGUUUCUGUUUACAGUUUAGAAUCUUCACAGCCCCAUUCCACCAUGUUGGCUUUGCCGACUUUUGGCUGGCUGACCAGCUCAACAGUCUUGUCACUGUGCUCCUAGACCUGGAGUACCUCAUCUGUUACUAUGCCUUUGAGGUGGAAUGGCUUGGAGAUAAAAGUAGGUCACUGUUUGUGAUGUCAUGUCCUUUGCAGCCUCAAGUGUAAAGAAAUGGAGUCAUAAAAAAAGACAAUUAGAAUUUAAAAGUUAAACCUUUAGUGUUUGUGUAUCUAUUUAUUAAUUGAGUUUUUUUUUCUCAAAAGACCUGUUCAAUUUUUAUUAAACUACUGGAUUCAAUCCACUUUCAGCUCUGCCUUCUCAUGCAUAUUUUUUUUCCUCAUCACGCUUUGACCCUAUUAUAUCAAAACAAAUUUAAAUAAUAACUUACUGUAACUUUACUGUUAUCACUUCAUCUUUUUACCAGGGCAGAGCGUCUGCAACAAAAACAUCUACGGUGUUAUUGCCAUUAUUUCCUGCUUGCCGGCCUGGUUCCGGUUCGCCCAGUGCUUGCGACGUUACCGUGACACCAAGCUGGUCUUUCCCCACAUUGUGAACGCUGGCAAAUAUUCCACAACAUUUUUCGUGGUGCUGUUCUCCACACUGUACAAGAUUCAUGUUGGUAAAUGAAUUUUUUCAGUUUGGUUUGGACGUAACCUUCAUUAGCUCUUAUCAAAAUACUGCCUUCAAUUUAAAAUGAUACAAGAUAUGUGGUAUACACAUUUUAAAAUAUUUUUGCGGACAUGCGUAAUAAAUUUUUAAAAAACGUUUUCUUUGUUAUUAAAUCAAUAAGUUAGAGUUUGAGCGUGCUGUUUCACAACAUUAUUUGAAAAGCCUGCUUAAGUAAAGCUUGACCUUGCAACAUUUUCAUGUGUUGUGUUAACCAUAACAUUUUCAUGUGUUGUGUUAACCAUAUCAUGUUCACCAUCCCUGGAUGGAUUUAUAUGACUGAGUUGGUCAUUUCCAGAGCUGUAUGGGGAACACUAUCGCCAGACCUCAACCUUCUUCUACCUGUGGAUUGUUGCUGCCGUCGUAAGCUCAUGCUACACGUACACCUGGGAUAUCAAGAUGGAUUGGGGGCUCAUGGACAAGAAUGCAGGGGAUAACAGGUUCCUCCGAGAGGAAGUUGUCUAUGCCUAUAAGGUGAGUAGCGGCGGGGGGGGGGGGCCCUGGGGUGGGGGGGUCAUCGUCUGACAAUUGGGGUAGAGAUUUCAUUGCUGCAAAAUAUGUUCAGAAGUCUGUGCUUAUGAUGAGGUGGGUUACAAUGUUAUGUUACAUCGAUAUGUAAAUCAGUGUUUUGCCUGUAAAAAGUAUGUGUGGGGGGGGGGGUUGUUGUGAGAAGGCGGGACAGUAACUAUGAUUUAGAUUAACGGUAACUCUGUUUAAAGGACAGCAUGGAGAAAGGGAAUGUGCGGCAUCCAGCUGGUGGCUACUUACACUGUGUUGUUAUGGGAACCUAAGAAGCUCUCCAUUGAUCACUUAAUUUGGUUUCCUCAGUCAUCAGUUAUUUCAUAUUUCCAGUGAGACUCAAGUAUACUUGGUCAUCUUUAAUAACAUAAGAAGGGUUAAUUUAACAAUGAACUUUUUUUAUGAAACUUUAAAAAUAAUUUUACUCUUAAUUUUAUUAACAUGAAGUCUUAAGUUUAAAAUGAUAUUAAGUCAAGCUGCACUGGACAGUGGAGAGUUUUUACAGAGACUCAAUGUGUAUUUAUUUUUAGAGGUUUAAGGUGUUGGAGAAAAACCACCUAAGUUUUGAUGUAAUGGAACUUUUGAUAAAUUUUCAUAGUUAUUCUAAUAAUUCCAUUUUUUUUUUUGUUCUGACCUGACAUAUUAUGAUCACUUAUAUUUUUACCGUACACUUUACAAUAUGUCACGCUGUGUUGUUAUCUUGGGGUUUUUUUCUUUGCCGGUUACCCACAGGCCUACUACUACUUUGCCAUGUUGGAAGACUUUGUUCUACGUUUCCUUUGGACGUUGACAGUCUCUGUUGGUGAAGGACUCUUCUAUAACAGCACCGUGCUGAAAACAUUGUUUGCCUGCUUGGAGGUCUUUAGGUAACGAUAACUGGGUAGUGAUUAGCUGGGUUUAAUGAUGGCUGGGUAGUGAUAGCUGGGUUUAAUGAUGGCUGGGUAGUGAUAGCUGGGUUUAAUGAUGGCUGGGUAGUGAUAGCUGGGUUUAACGAUGGCUGUGCAGGGAUAGCUGGGUUUAACGAUGGCUGUGCAGGGAUAGCUGGGUAGUGAUAGCUGAGUUUAACGAUGGCUGUGCAGAGAUAGCUGGGUUUAACGAUGGCUGUGCAGGGAUAGCUGGGUUUAACGAUGGCUGGGUAGGGAUAGCUGUGUCUAACGAUGGCUGUGCAGCGAUGGCUGCGUAGAGAUAGCUGAGUUUAACGAUGGCUGUGCAGCGAUAGCUGUGUUUAACGAUGGCUGUGCAGGGAUAGCUGGGUAGUGAUAGCUGGGUUUAACGAUGGCUGUGCAGGGAUAGCUGGGUUUAACAAUGGCUGUGCAGGGAUAGCUGGGUAGUGAUAGCUGGGUUUAACGAUGGCUGUGCAGGGAUAGCUGGGUUUAACAAUGGCUGUGCAGGGAUAGCUGGGUAGUGAUAGCUGGGUUUAACGAUGGCUGUGCAGGGAUAUCUGGGUAGUGAUAGCUGGGUUUAACAAUGGCUGUGCAGGGGUAGCUGGGUAGUGAUAGCUGGGUAUCAUUAGGUAACUAUAGCUGGAUAGCAAUAGCUCGCUAGCGAUAGCUGGGUCACCAUAGCUGGAUAGCUACAGGUGGGUAACGAUAGCUGGGUUUAUCAUUCACUUAACCAUUCAAAUAAUUGCAAGAGAAAAUGUUCAAACACCCAAGCAUGUCAAUAGUUGUCGUAAAAUGACUCUUUUGGAGGACAAUUUGACACCAAUGAUACCCUCUGGUGAAAUGCUGAGAUUUUUGUCUGUCCAAUCAAUGCUUUCAGGAGAUUUGUUUGGAACUUUUUCCGCUUGGAGAAUGAACACCUGAACAACUGUGGUCAGUUCAGGGCGGUGAGAGACAUCUCUAUAGGGCCGAUAGACUCCAACUAUGAGCAGCAGCUGCUGGACAUCAUGGACAGUGAGAAUGAGACGGACUGGAGACUGCAUGACAAGAGGAGGCGCGGUUUCAGGUACAUCUGACUUUUUAUGUAGUUCUCUGGAAGGCCGUACGUUUCAGAGACAUUUGACUUUUUAUGUAGUUCUCUGGAAGGCCGUGCGUUUCAGAGACAUUUGACUUUUUAUGUAGUUCUCUGGAUGGCCGUACAUUUCAGAGACAUCUGUCUUUUUAUGUAGUUCUCUGGAAGGCUGUGCAUUUCAGAGACAUUUGACUUUUUAUGUAGUUCUCUGGAAGGCCGUACGUUUCAGAGACAUUUGACUUUUUAUGUAGUUCUCUGGAAGGCCGUACGUUUCAGAGACAUUUGACUUUUUAUGUAGUUCUCUGGAAGGCCGUACGUUUCAGAGACAUUUGACUUUUUAUGUAGUUCUCUGGAAGGCCGUACGUUUCAGAAACAUUUGACUUUUUAUGUAGUUCUCUGGAAGGCCGUACGUUUCAGAGACAUUUGACUUUUUAUGUAGUUCUCUGGAAGGCCGUACGUUUCAGAGACAUUUGACUUUUUAUGUAGUUCUGUGGAAGGCCGUACGUUUCAGAGACAUUUGACUUUUUAUGUAGUUCUCUGGAAGACCGUACGUUUCAGAGACAUUUGACUUUUUAUGUAGUUCUGUGGAAGGCCGUACGUUUCAGAGACAUUUGACUUUUUAUGAAAUUCUCUUAAAGGCCAUACGUUUCCGAGAGAUGAAAAGGAUAUUUGAAAAGAUAGAUUAAAUUUUUUUGGUGUCAGAAAUCGCAUUAAUUGCGGGAAUAUAAAUGAAUCAAUUUGAUAUGUAUUUAAAGUAGAAAUUAUAUUUUUUUAUUGAUUAAGGAAAGACUGCCUACUUGUAGUAGUUACAUACAUUUACAAUUGUUUUAAUGUUGUAUUUCCUAACUCGACAAAGCUCUCCUUCCCACCUUUGAUCAAGGAGGAGGAUUUGCUUUAUUUUGUGUAUUAAACACGCUGACAGAAUUCUUAUUUGUUUUUCCCAACAGGAGCAACAAGGAAUCUCGGCUGUUCAUAGACGAGGAUGAUGAGAGAGUGCCACUCGUCAAUGGCAGCAAAGAGUUGAAGAGAAUGUAGUUUAUCCAUGUUUCUUACCAUGCCAACUGUUUAUAUCCCAGGUGCUGCGGCUGCCUACAGAAUUCCAAUCAUCCACAGUCAUUGUUUGAACUGAAAAUGCUUUUAUAGAAGGAUAAAUCCAUCUUCUUUGAGCUGCUGGUGCCUUUAUAGAAUGUGAUUUAACCAUAUCCAUGGAUUACUGAAACGUUUGCUGCCUUCACAGAAUUAAAUGAAUUUACAUGCAUUAAUUGUUUCAACAGCCAUGUUGGGAAGAAAAUAACUUUUUUUUUGCUUUCAAAAAACAUGAGGUUGUCUACCAUAUAAAAAAAUACUUCAAGUUGCUGGGACCAAAAAAAUGCUGAAACUUUUUCUACAAAGGUAGUGAGCCUGUUUUUUUUUUUUUUUUUUUAAUGUACUACCAAAGACACAAUUCUUGAGACUACAUUGAAAAAUUAUGUACCUCGAAUAUGCUGUAAUCAACAAGUUAAUGUACUUAAGAUAAUGAUUAAUUUUUUUUUAUUUUCUAUAAUAAUUUUGCAAUGGUUUAUAAAUUUACCAACAGUUAUCUGAUUUUGGAGGUGAUGUGAGUUAACAAAUAUUUUAUACAGUUUUUUUUAUGAGCUGAU